AUGUUGUACCAGAGUAUCUCACAUGCUAUCGCAUUAUAUCGGCUGGAGCAGUCCACGAAACAUUGCAAAGAAAUAUACACAGGAAAGCCUAAGCCGGAGAAGGUUACCUUAUUUUGGCACUUGGUAACUCUGUCACGGUUCAACAAGUACAACCCUCUCUUCACUACUUUUGCUGGAGUAUGGUCGGUUUUGUUGGCUGGAGCUUCCGAACUUGUCGAUCCCAGUAGCAACAUACAGCCUGCCUUUGUCUUCCGACAGGCUGCACUAUGCUUCGCCGCGGCGUACCUGUUUUGCGGCGCCGGCAUGGUCUGGAAUGACUGGGUAGACCGAGACAUUGAUGCCAAGGUCACUCGAACUAAAGACCGUCCUCUCGCCGCCGGCACAGUAACCACUACGGAUGCCAUGCUGUGGAUGGUGCUCCAGCUGCUUGUAUCUUUGUCUAUUGUCCACAGUAUGCUCAACGGAAAGGAUGUGUUUCAACACAUGUUUCCAGUGGUACUGGCCUCGGUUUUGUACCCUUAUGGCAAGCGACCUAUGGCCCUGAAGCUUCGCAUUUAUCCACAGUAUAUCUUGGGCUUCACGGUCGCAUGGCCCGCAGUUCUAGGGCGAUCCGCGAUUCACGGUCGAUACGAAUCGAUUGGCGACAGUAUCGGCUAUUGUCUGCCGCUCUGUUUCAUGGUGUUCUUCUGGAUCAUUUACCUCAACACGGCGUACAGUUACCAGGACGUCGUCGACGACCAGAAGAUCAACGUCAACUCAUUUUACACAGUUGGAGGGCGCCAUUUCCACCGAUUCCUUGUAGUCUUGGUUAGUCCCAUCGUCAUGUGUAUGCCUCUAUAUCUCCUGAGAUUCGGUUCUCUGUGGCUUUGGUUCAGUUGGAUGGGAAUAUGGACGGCAUCCUUCGCAGCACAGCUCGCGCACUUCGACUCGGAUCGACCAGCAAGCGGAGGAGGCAUACAUAAGAGUAAUUUUAUCCUCGGGGUGUGGACGAUUGCGGCUUGCGCUGUGCAGGUUCUUUUGAGCGAGAAGCGGUAUGUGAGAUUUUGA